UGCGUUUCUCUGUAUAAAAUCUGAGAUGGAGGCGCAGAUGAGAAUCAUUUUCUUUUUUAUAGUGAUGAUCUCAGCUGCUACUGAGGAAAUAUACCUGUCAGCCACUGAGGGAGGAAACAUCACUCUACCUGAGCCUUUGCUGGAGGAUGGAUAUAUUAUAUUUAAAGGAAAGAAUGUUGCCGUGGUGAACAAUGGGAGUAUUAGGUUGCGAGAUCUAACUUACACAAACAGACUUCACUGGGAUAAAAACACUGGACUCUUUACCAUCACAGGACUGAAGAUGAGUGACUCAGGGAGUUAUACUAUUGACCCUAAUGAAGGAAAUAUUUUCCCUGCACCCUACAUACUUACAGUUUACGAGCGUGUACCAAGUCCAGCAGUGAACACAGUGAAUGUGAGCACUGAGAGCUGCAUCUUGCUGUGUUCUGUGGACAAAGCUGAAACCACACUGUUGUGGUACAAAGACGAGGAGAUACUGAACCAGAGCAGCUCUGCUCUCUCUCUGCCUCUCACUGUACACAAGCAGGAUUUCAGAUCCUCUUAUAGAUGUGUGGCUGCCAACCCUGCUGAAAAUAAGACUCUUCAUGUCAACAUCAAAACAUCCUGCUGGAACAUCACAGAUGACACAGACAAAACAGACGAAACAGAAAGAAAUUAUCUUGUACCAUUAAUUAUCUGCACUGUGUCUGCUGUUGCACUUGUGUCUCUUGUCGUCAUUGCUAAGAAGAAGUAUCAUAAGAAAUCUGAGACGAUUACCAGCCAAGCACAAGAGGUGUUACUGUGCAUGCUGUCAGUGCUGCCAGAAGGGCAUUACAGCAGUGAAGGUGUUGAUGGUAGUGAUGUAGCAAUGCUGAGCGGCAGCAACAUCAGGGAGAAGGAAUACAAGUUUGAAAAAUAUCAAGGGCUGAAAGAGGAGCUAGAAAACAUGUGGGGAUUAAAGGUAACAGUGGUGCCAGUGGUAAUCAGAACACUGGGAGUUGUGACCCACAAACUGCAAGAGUGA